GUGAAUUGGUAAAGAUCGUUAACUAAUCAACUACAUUUUAGACAAACCUAGACGGAGAGAGAAUGUCUAGUCCUCCUCUGUACAUCUCUGGGCCUGAGGUGCGUGGGUUGGUGAGCAUGACAGAUCUGAUGGAGGCUAUGAGACCUGCCUUCCAAUGGUUCUCCACUGGGAGAGUAGUGCAACCUCUGAGGACAACAACACAAUUCCAAGUCAAUAAUCAAGAUCAAAAUGGACGUUUGCUGUCUAUGGUUGCCUACAGCUCUGAUGCAGAGAGUUUAGCUGUCAAGUUGCUCACAUACUUUCCUGAGAAUAUGAGCAUACACAAUAUUCAAAACCUUCAGGGCAUUGUAUUGCUGUUAGACUCCACCACUGGUUCCAUGCGAGCGAUGAUUGAUGGCGUUGUAGUGACAGAUAUAAGGACUGCUGCUGCAUCUGCUUGUGCUAUCAAGGUACUGACCUUGACUACUCCUCCCAAGACUCUGUGCAUAGUAGGUAGUGGAGUUCAGGCCCGGAGUCACUUGGAGGCCCUCACUGAGACCAUCUCCUACACCAGAGUCAUUCUCUGGGGGAGAAACAGAUCACAUGCUGAGCAGUGUGUGAGGGAGGUGGGAGUUGAGGGGGUGGAGGUGUGUGACUCACUGGAGGAGGCCGUCAGAGAUGCUGAUGUCAUAGUAACAGUUACCAUGCCAAAAGAACCUGUCUUGUACGGGAAAUGGUGUAAACCUGGAGCAGUCAUUUGCAGUGUUGGAGCCAGCCGACCAGAUCGUAGAGAGCUGGAUGAUGAACUGAUGCACAACUCUGUUGUGAUUGUGGAUACGAGAGAGGGGGCCCUCAAGGAGUCAGGAGACAUCAUCAUCCCUCAGGCUGAGAUCUAUGCUGAGCUGGGUGAGAUCAUCGCAGGAACAAAGACACUACCAACAGUACCAGGGUGUGGCAAAAAGUUCAUUGUCUUCAAGAGCGUAGGAAUGGCUGUGGAGGAUGUGGUCAGUGCCAAACUGAUAUAUGACAAGUACAUACAGAAAAGAGACAAUAAACAAUAACUUUUGUUUGUGUGUGUGUGCAAUUAAUA